UGCAUAUCAGCUUGUGGGAAGCCAAGCCACCAGUGGGCCUGAGAAGCCCAGUGGAGAGUUGGUUGAAAGGAGAGAGAUAGGAUUCGCUUUCCGAUGUAAUUUGGGGAAGAUGAUGGCGCGCGUGUUGGCAUCUCCGGCGACGGUGACGGCGGUUCGGUCGCCGGAGGAAGAUGCAGAGGGAGUUUCGACUUCGAAGCAGAGCCAAAGGCUCUCUCUUUCCAAGCCUUCAUGGAUCGUCAGAACCCAGUCUGGAAGCAGGACAGAGAGGCGGCGUACGGCGGAGAUCCGCUGCGUUGUCUGCGGCGGAGCUGGCAAAGUUGAUUGUCACAACUGUAACGGUAAAGGGAGGACCAACUGUGUUCAUCUGGAAAUGCUUCCAAGAGGAGAAUGGCCUAGAUGGUGCAAGAGCUGUGGUGGGAGUGGAUUAGGCUAUUGCUCCCGCUGUCUUGGCACCGGAGAGUUCAGACAUCCAAUGGGUUUCCGCUUCCUUAACAGACAGGAGGAUGAUAGACAGUAAUCUUGAAACUCCUCUGUUCUGUUCUUGAGACCAUGCCAUGUUUAUGUAUUGGGGCAGAAGAGCAUGUUAUAGGAGUGUAGGAGUUUCGUGAUUAUUUGUAGAGAACAGAUUUCAUAAAGUCUGGAGAGGAAUGUUCAUCUAGUCUCUCUACAAAACCAACCUUCUGAGUUUCAGAGGCGUUUGACAGAUUGAAGAAAAAGCUGCAUCAAAUAACAAGUAUUCUUGGCGAUUU